UGGACAGCGGCCGUCAUCCGCAGCCAUGGAAGGCCUGUUGACGUCGAAGACAUCGUUGAUAAAGUCACUGCUGCUGAAGGGGUGGCGGGAGCGGUGGUCGGAGGUGUUGUGGGGCAUAAACAUCAAGCGAGUGCUACCUCGAGGUGUGUCGGGGGAUGUCUACGACCUGUCCGACUGCAUACUGGAACAGGCGCUCAUCGCGCCCACACCUAACCACCUGUUCAUGUCGUACCUCAACCACUGUAUCAGCUCUCAGAUGGUGAGCUACGGGUCGGUGUUGGCGUCGAUCGCCAAAUACCAGGACUGGUCUAAACCCCAGUGCGUCCACUAUCUGCUCGAGUUUCUCAUGAAAUACAAGGACCGCAUCUCAUGUCACGGCAACGAAGAGGAGUGCAUCGGUCUGUCGAAGGCGGUGGUGGCCAUACUCGUGUGGCUCCAGUUGGCGCUCAAUCAGUCGCUCGCGCGGCUCCAAGAGUCCAAACAACAGACCAAUUCGGGUCAGAAUCAGACAAACGUGCAGUCGUUGCACACAUCCGACGCGAGUCAGUUCGUGGCCAUCAUCGAGAGGUGCGCCGACUUCUUGGCGUUCAUGUCUUCGUCCCCUUUCCUCAAAGCGCUCCUUUAUGUCGGCAAACUCGAGGACCACCAGACGUUCGCCCAGUUCUUGCAGAUACAGACAGACAAUGAGAGCAAACUCUCGAUGGCUUACAAUCUGCUGCCUAAUAGAGAGCCAAUCGACGCUAUAAUGAGUUUCAAACAGAGGGUCGAGUGGUUUGAGAGCAAUCCGGCGAUCGUGGCCUCGAAGCUGAUGACCGCAUCCGCCGACUUCAGGUCACCGAAGCCCACAUCUUAUGCUUCGCUCAAUGCUAUCAUAGCCUUCGACGCUGUCCUGAACCCGGCCUCAGAUAUUCAGGUCUGUGUGUCGCAGAUAUUGAUGAUCGCGAAGUUCAAUGACAUCACCCCAUCUGAUCUGUACUGCGAGAUCAUCCGCUCGUGUCUGGUAGGGCUGGUGGACGCCAGCGGUUCCCUCGAAGACCCCAAACACAACUCAUACCUGAACUCUUGGGCGGCGUUUCUAUUCCUCAAAGUUCCGCAACUGUUCGCCAAAUUGAAUACAAUUAACGCAUUGAAAGGACAAAACAAUUUCAACAAACCGGCGAACAGUGAGUCGGCGUCGGACUUGGAGUUGGGUUUAGAGAAACUGUUGACGUAUUCGCCACUACUGGACCUCACGGACAGUAAAUCCAACUGCGAUUGUCUGCAGUGUCUGCUGAAUGAGUUGUCGAAAGCAGAGCUCAUAUCUGCGGCCAAAGUGGAGAAAAUAAUGGCCAAACGUAAGGGCGAUAAUCAGUACCGAAACCUCCCGCGCACUGACCAACAGUCGUCCACACAGACGGGUCCGCUACUCAUACUGCGAGCCGAGCCCACGGUCACCAGUAUUCUCAAGACACUGGACUCGGAUUACAGCAAAAAUCAAGAGGCGUUGUUCGGCGUGUUAUGUCAUAUGCAGAAGAGCUUUGAGCUGAUCCUAUGCGCGGCCGCCGCCACCGGAAAGCUCCAGAGUUUCACCACAAAACUCAUCGAAUUCAAUGAGUUUAACAAACAGGCCAUUGGAGAGGGAGGGAAGGCGUCGCAGACCAGGGCUCUCCUGUUUGACAUAACGUUCCUCAUCCUGUGCACAAUAGCCCAACACUACGGCACAGACAUCAUCACAAUGAACGCCGAGACCAAGGACUCGUUCUUUGCCACGUGGUGUGCCAACAAUCUGACCGAAGGGGGCACUAAAUACCGGUGCCCCGACUCNUUCACGACACCCCUGGCCAACGAAGCCAACACCAGCUUCAGCGCGGGCGGUGGCGGCGGCGCCAGUACUCCCGAUAUCGCCAGCAUUCAGGACGCCGGUAGAGGACAACCGGCUCCGACUGCCGGCGCCGCUGGUGGCGACCAACCGAACACCUACUAUAAGGAGAGGUCGACACUAAUGGCGAACGUAAUUAAGAAAAUGUUUUACGACUUACAUCCGCGACAACAGAGCAAAAACAAGGCCAUCAUCUCCAGCCUGUCCAGCGGUCUCACCGUUAAGACGCCGCUGUCAGAGCUCAUGGAGUCGGCGUUUGCCGGUGCCCACGAGCGCUCGUGGCUCGACCUCAAGACCAUCUACAAUAUGGACACUCUGUUAUGUGUGGGCGGUCCGCAAUGGUUCACCGAUACGCUCAUACGACAGGUGCUGCGGUUCGAGCACUCGACUGACCUGAACCGGGCUAUCGAUCUGGUGUUUGGUCUCUUCCAUAUGGACAUCGAACAGUGCGCUCUGGCGCUGGUGAUCAACAUUUUGCCCAAUUAUCUGCUCAAUGAGAGCAAACAGGAGUAUCUGUCGGAGCCCAAGGCGUCGGCGCUUAUCCGGCUCACAGUAAUGACAAUAUAUGUGGCGCUGAAUGAAGUGGAAAGCGGUCGCAAAUCGCGACAACCCAAGCGUAUGGGCCGUAAGCGGCACUACUAUCAAGAGAUGACGGCCGCCUGCGAGCCAAUGGACACAGACUUCAAGGCGUCGGGCGGCGCACGAGCGGCCAAAUCGAUGCGCACAGACAUUGAACAGGAAAUGCUGGACAACACGCCCGUGGCGUUCGAGUACCAGAGCGUCGGCAACGGGGACGACGGCGACUACAAGACGGCGCGCCAGUACCUGCUCAACGAACCCAUCUAUAAGGCAAUCGUGGAUCUGCUGCGGCUGUUGACACUGAUAGCGGCCGACCACACCAUCAGUCAGCGCACGUUAGUACCCAUACUGUUCUUGGAGCAGCUCAUCCUAUGCGUCAAAGGGGACAGCCAUAAGAUCCUACAGCUGAUGCCCAUGAAUAUGAUCGCCUGUCUCAUCAAAACCAUACCCGACUCGCUGUCCAUGGAGUUCCUGUUGGCGGUGAGCGACGUGCAGACCACGCGCUCGCGUAAGAUAACCGCCCGUAUGCUGUGCCAGUUGGCCAAAGCCAAGGCACAGGUCACGCAGUUUUGA